UACCUUCAGCUCAGUCCUAGUUGAAACAGCGUUCAAGACGGACGUCGACUAACCGUUCAAAAAAAAAGGGAACAGAGUUCUGUUCGCUUCACAUUCGACUACAGUUGGUAUACAGAUCGAAACUACCUCGUUUUCAGUCCUUAAACUUACUCAAUCGAAACAGCCAUCCAAUCUCGUUUUUGAAGUGCCAAAGUCCGCUUCAGGAUUAACGAAAAGUUAAAGAACCAAAGUGCCGGCCCAUUAUUUCAGUGCAAAAUCAGAAAUCGAAAGGAACAGAAACGAAAUUUACAACAAAAAACACCCCCUAUAAAAACGAUCGGAGAAAUUUUUCUUUUUUUAAAAGUUUGAUUUGAAUUUCAAGUUUGGCGCCAUGACUUGGAUCAGCUUGGAUGGUUUGGCGUGAACUGGAUGAGCGGUCAUGAUCCCGGUUGUUGGACGUCGGAUGAACUUGCUGCUGGCGUCGUCGCCGUCGUUGUCGGUCGAGCCGCUGCUUCCGCCGCCGCCAUCACCGCCGCCCAUGUGGAUUCAUACGUGCAGUUGUGUUCAAAGUUGUUUCCCCUGUUCUCGUCUUCCUUCCGACUCGUCUCGCAAUUGUUCCAAUCGCGCUCCGCCAACCGGAGCGACGUCCACCGCUUGUUGGCUUCUACGCUCCAUCGACAGUCUACUCGGCUCGGCAUCGUCACCGUUUCCACAUCGACACCAAGGUAUCGGCCUGGAAUCCUCAUGCCGACUGGAUAGCGCCACAUGUUCAUUCAGAGGAUACUGAGAAACGCCGUCCUAGCGUUAUUACUUUUCCUGAUGGUGGCGAAUUGCGCACCAAGCAGGCCGCGGGAGGACGCCGGCCGAGUGCCCGGAAAUCCAGCAUCAUACCUGCCAUCCGUCGUUAGUAGCAACAGUGGUAGCGGUAGUAUUAAAAGCGGACACAGGAGAAAGGCGGGGCCGAUUUCUUCCGCAAAAGGAAAUGCAACUGCUUCUGACCGAACCGACCCCGCCGCCUUCAUCGUUAAAGAUCAUCCGCCCAACGAAAUCACCGGAUUGCAGAGGGUCUACAGAUGGAGCACGGCUUGCUCGUCGCUCCGUUCCGGCGGCGAUCUGUUGCGUCUCCUGCCCAAUGGAACUGUCGACGCUCGCGGCGGUCCCACUGACCCAGACACCGAUAUCGAAUUGUCUUCAGUUGGUCCCGACGGCAAAAUCUACAUCAUCUCAAAAUCGAGAAAGCUUUACCUCUGCUUCACCAAGAAGGGCAAACUCGUCACCAGGGAAAAGCCUGGAGGAGACAAGACGCUUUGCCAAUUCUACGAGACGUUACGGCAGGGCAACAGGCGCUUCGUCAGCGUCUACCGUCGCCAUCAUCACCACAAGCAGCCACGCAAAAUCUCGCAGCACCAUGUUCCAUGGCCGGUGCCGUUGCCCGGCUUACAGGAUAGGAGCUGGAAAGAUGGAAACCCUUCGUUACCACCUGCCAAUGGCCAGGGCGUAGGAUUGCCCGAUGGCCAGUUGCACGCAGACGACUGGCAGGUCGGUUUCGGCCGAUCGGGCGAGUCUCUCAAAGGCUCUGCCUGGCGCAAUUCCAAGCAUCGCAACUGCUUUGACCUGGUCGAGCAUAUCGACCACGUUCGUCCGUCGGUUGUCGAUCAAGUGUCGCCCGUUGGAAGCAAUCAAAUGUCACUGAUCUUUCAAAGUGAAAACAGUGUGCCAGAGCGAUCGAGUACUGCUGUUGGCGUCGAUAAACCCAAAAAGAUAUCGACCAGCAGUCCGGCACGUAAAAACAACAAGGCCAGCCAUCACGAGAGGAGUCCAGCCAAGGACAGGGACGCUGGCAAUAGUGGUAGUGUUGGUGGUGUCAGUAAAAACAGUGCGGGACGGACAGCCGUCAAUCACAAAAAUGUUGCCGCGUCGAGUAAUGGCUGGAAAUCGGGUCUCAGAGAGGGUGGAGCUGGCAGACGGAACAAGAUCAACCACCACUCGUCGGGCAGUAGCGGCAGCCAGAAACAUGGGGCCGCUGUCGCCGGUGAGGAACACGGGCGAGCAGCGCGUCCGAGAAGCGGCAAAACGAAAGCGAAAGGCGUGAGCGCCAAAUCGGCUGGCGAAGGCAAGUCGCAUCCGGCGGAGACGGAACUGUUUGCGCCCGUCGAGUUUUGGAAGAACACGUUGCUGCUCGAUGAUGAGAAAUACAACGACGCCGUCAUUACACCCGCCGCCCCAGCUGCCAUGACCAACGUGGAUUUCGAUUCUUACCUGGCCGAAACGGAGCGACUUUUAGCUCAUCCGCAGGAAGUGAUUGGCGGUGGUGGUGAAGAGGGUGAAGCUACUGCCGCAUCUGUUGUUGAAUAUGCUCCGGCUCCAUCGACUUCUUCUUCCUCUCCUGUUCAGCGUUCCGCUUUCAUCCAGCGCGACUCGGGCGGAUGGGAAGAGGUGAUUAUUAAUCAGUCGGAUGCUUCACGUCCAGCCGCUAACGUGCCGCCAUCGAAUCUGCGACAACACGAUGAGAUGUUGGUUAUUGACGAUCGUGCCGAUGUGUGGCAGACGCAAAUGAAAUGGAACAACAAUGAGAAGGAACAGUAAGAUCACAUUGUUGCCCGUGACAAGAACUGCAAAACAAAAGACUCUGCUGCUGCUGAAUUAUUUUUUUUUUAAAUUCUACUCGUUCCCGCGCGAUUUUUCGUAUAUAAAUACAUAAAUGUUUGUGUGUGUGUUUGUUUUGUUUUUUUUUGUACCCAACUAUUAUACCCUCGGAAUUUUACAUAUAAUAAUCCGCCGCCAAAGUCCCUUCUCUUUUUGAAAAAAAUGUUUGUAACUUUUUUCUGUUCCCUCAUUCCCGAUUUUUACUAUAACUAUUGCGACAUUCUGAACGCUCCCAACACACGUAUUUUUUGUACAUUGCCCUAUAGUUUGAAAUUGUUUUGACCUUUCAACUACAUCCUCACAGCUCCGCCGCUCAACUUCAUUUUCUUUUUAACGCCGAGAUUAGCUCUCUCUCUCUGUCUCUCUCUCUCGACUCUUUCCCGUUCAUACACUAACUCUCCUGUCCCUUCCAAAUACUAAAGUAUAUAUUUGAAUGUGAACGUCGUGCCAAUAUGUCCUUUUCAAAAUUCGUUUUAUUAUUGUACUCCUCUGCCCUUGAAUGUUUGUAUUGAUAUUGCCAUACUAUAUACCGCCACCGGGUCGAGUCACGUGACAGUCUUUAAAGAAAAACAAAGAAAAACAAAGAAAAACAAGCAAAAAAAAAACAACAACAACAACCAACAAUGUUGCUCUCUCUCCCUAUCUCUCUCUCUAUUCCGAUCAUCGGUGCCAGAUCUGCUUUCCCUUUCAUUAAAACAAAAAACAAAAAAAUCUUAUUUACAUUUGUACAUUAUUUCAUGAUUGUGUUUCUCUGCAUCUCUCCGUUUGUCUCUUAACUAUUUCAUCUCUGCAAAUGCGCAAUGUUUGCCCGUGUAAUGUCUGUACAGCCCUAUCGCAGUGUGCUACUACUGUACUACUAUUACCUACAUGGCCCCUUCCAUCAUUUCAACACGAAUAAAAAAAAUAAUAAUAAAUCAA